ACAACCGAUACCUCCAUCUGUGCAAGUGGUUAGAGAGCAGUGGCUGGAGUUUCUUCAUUUGAUUGUUACUUUAUGAUUUGUGGUGGUUUAUCCAAUUUAUUUGGUCCCUGUUUAGGUCCUCAACAAGACAUCAGCAUAAUCCAACGAUCUGCUCCACCUCCAGCUCCUAUAAUUGCAACUAUUUAUACACCGCCGGUUCAGCAAUCCAAACAAUCUAGUUAUAUAUCCACAGCUCCUGAUAAGAAAAUGAAUCCAAUAAUAUCCGCCUAUGCUGCAGCUUCUGGUCCAGGAAUCGACUACUCUUUAUGCGGACCACCUCCAGUAACUUGGGUCGGCACUAUUGGAAACUCUAUUCCUGCAAAUGCUAUCCCUGGCGGAAACGAAAAAGACGGACUUCCUCUGUAUAUUGCAAGAGGCUGGAUAGAUAGAGGACUACAUGUAGGCAAAGCAAGUGGACUAUGGUGGGACGGAGCACGCAUUCCUUACAAGGGCAAAGAGCGUAUCAUUCGUGACUAUGAGAUCCUUGUUGGCAGUCAGUCGGCUGUACAAUGGAUUGAUGCCAAUGGAGCAUUUAACCCAAAUUGCGUUGGCUCAUUGGUAUUAGAAGGCGGCCACGAGGCUAACCACGAAACCCUGUAUAUUGCUCGUGCAGACAUCAAUGGUGGAAAGCAUAUCGGCAAGUGUGGACUGCAUUUAAAAGCUGCACAUAUUCCCUAUUCUGGAUUUGAGCAACUUGAAAAAAAGUAUCAGGUUUUAACUUUGAUUAGGAUGUAGUAACCAUCUUGUGAGACUAUAAUAGGAUAAAUAAAGACUUUAUGUAUUAUA